UUUUUGACACUUUAAUCUCGUUUUUUACGGAACUGACCGAAUGAAAAAUUUUUUUUUGGGUAUAUUCUUGUUCAGUGACACCUAAACUUUCAAUAAACACAGAAAAUUUUAAAUAAACACGACUUGACCAUUUCUUUGUAACCCAGUGUAUUUUAACAUGCACAUAUCUAGUUAAUUUACUUUAAACAGAUAGAAAAUAUACUUUUUCUAAAUAUAAAAAAAUUUAGUGCAUAAAAUAAGUCGCGGUAAAUUACUUAUCGAUAAGACUCCGGUAAGUCACAUUGAAAUUAGGAAGUUGUAGAUACAUUUAUCGAGGAAUUAAACAGCUGAUUAUCUUUCUCUCUCUUUCUUUCUCUCACAUACUAAUUUGGUCUCGUUUUCCUCUCUCUAUGAUGCAGUUUUACCUCUAGCGGAUAGUUUGAGUACUUUGAAACUAAUUUGUCGGUUGGUACUGUUUAAAGACAGUUGCAAUGUGAAAACUAAAUAUUGGUAUUAUUUACAAGUAAGUACUUUCAACCUUGUUUCAUUUUGUGUUUUAUUUAAAAAUAUAAAAAUAUUUUUACUCUUAAAAAAAUAUUAUAUGUGGUAUAGUUCUAUAAAACUUGUAAAUUAUAAUGAAAAAUGUUUUAUGUUUGAGGUUAAGUAAUGCUGGUGAUACCCAACAAUAUAUUUUAUCAAAAUAAUAUUCUUAUUUAAAUGUAGCAAAUAAUUUAACGUAUAGCUAUGAAUGAUUUGAAUGUUUUAGGUGUAAUAUAAUUAUGGAGGUGGAUAAUUUAGACAGGCUGUCACAACAAACGUCCCAGACACUAUCUGAGUUUGGCGAAAGUACGCCAGAAGGAAGUGAAUUCGUAAUUCAAGAUUAUUUUAUUCGUAAUCACCGUGAAUUUAAUGAUGACUAUUCCAGUAAUUCUUCUGAAACAUCUGAUGUUUACCAGGAAGAAAAUAAUAAUGGAGACGAGUCAGAAGACAAUGUUGACAUUCCAGAACGGAAUAUCUUCCAGGACUAUGAAAUAGAAAGUUUAAUAAUUUCUGAAGAAAAAGAAGAACAUGAAAAAGAGUUUUUAGAGAAGGGAUGUGGCUGCGGCUAUAAUUGUAUAAAGAAUUUUAAAAUCGAGGACAUAAUGAGCAGUAGGCUUGGCUGCAAAGAUUGCGAUGUAUAUUGCGAUCAACAUGUAAACCAUCAACACAUUUUAUUGCAAGGUGCUUUAAAUGCUUUGUGUAGAGUCAACGAAGAAACAAAGCAAAAAGAGCAUGCUCCGAAAAUCCGUAAAGCCAAUUAUACACAAUAUUCUUUCCGUGGCGUUGAUGUCUGUCGAAAGUUCUUCAUGUUCGUAUUUGGUUGUGGAAUAAGAAGACUACGGAACGUUAAGUCUCAUUUUCUCAAGAAUGGUGUGGAACAACGGAGUCACCAAAACACAAGCUUAAGUUCUAAAUGCUUCUCUGUCGAGUGUCGUAUUAAAGCGGUGACAUUUAUAAAAAAAUUUUGUGCUCAAAACGCACUGAUUUUACCAGGUCGAUUGCCCGCUUAUCGAUUGAAUACAGAUCUCAAUAUUUUACCCUGUAGCAUGAGUAAAUCGUACAUCUUCGAUUUAUACAAAAAAGCUGCCGAGGAAACAGAUAUUGAAAUUGUGGGCAAAUCAACCUGGUACGAUUUAUGGAAUACGUUUUGUGCCAAUAUCGUGAUCCAAAAACCCAAGACAGAUUUAUGCAACGUUUGCCAAAAACAAACUAUAUCGUUAGAAAAAAUGCAGGGAUUGACCGAAGAAGAGAAGAGAGAAAAAAUAAAUGAAUCCCUUCAACACUUGGAUAACGUAACGACCGAACGAGCUUAUUACAACACAACAAUAUCGCAGAGUCUUGAUGAAAUCAACAAUUCCUGUUUUGGUAUCCGUCUUGGUCAACAUGAACCACGUUCCUAUUCCGGUCAAAUGCAUUAUUCUUUCGACUUUGCCCAGUUUGCCUUAUAGUUCACAGCAAGUUGGAGCAUUGUACUUUUUAGCUGGUUAUAAAGUUGCUCUUUUUGGUGUAGCAGCUGAACCUUUAAAACAAUUCGUGUUGUAUGUAAUA